AUGUUGACUUGUUUUGACAGAAUCAAUGAAUGUGAAGACAGCAUCAAUGAAUGGGAAGACACCAUUAAUGAAUGUGAAGACAUCAUCAAUGAAUGGGAAGACAUCAUCAAUGAAUGGGAAGACACCAUCAAUGAAUGGGAAGACAUCAUCAUUGAAUGGGAAGACAUCAUCAAUGAAUGGGAAGACAGCAUCAAUGAAUGGAAAGAUAUCAUCAUUGAAUGGGAAGACAGCAUCAAUGAAUGGGAAGACAUCAUCAAUGAAUGGGAAGACAGCAUCAAUGAAUGGAAAGAUAUCAUCAAUGAAUGGGAAGACAUCAUCAAUGAAUGGGAAGACAUCAUCAAUGAAUGGGAAGACAUCAUCAUUGAAUGGGAAGACACCAUCAAUGAAUGGAAAGACAUCAUCAUUGAAUGGGAAGACAUCAUCAAUGAAUGGGAAGACAUCAUCAAUGAAUGGGAAGACAGCAUCAAUGAAUGGGAAGACAGCAUCAAUGAAUGGGAAGACAGCAUCAAUGAAUGGGAAGACACCAUUAAUGAAUGUGAAGACAUCAUCAUUGAAUGGGAAGACAGCAUCAAUGAAUGGAAAGAUAUCAUCAUUGAAUGGGAAGACAUCAUCAAUGAAUGGGAAGACAUCAUCAAUGAAUGGGAAGACAGCAUCAAUGAAUGGAAAGAUAUCAUCAAUGAAUGGGAAGACAUCAUCAAUGAAUGGGAAGACACCAUCAAUGAAUGGGAAGACAUCAUCAUUGAAUGGGAAGACAUCAUCAAUGAAUGGAAAGACAUCAUCAAUGAAUGGGAAGACAUCAUCAAUGAAUGGGCAGACACCAUCAAUAUUCGUUUUCUUGUGCUGGGCGGAAACAUCAUCAAUGAAUGGGAAGACAUCAUCAAUGAAUGGGAAGACAUCAUCAAUGAAUGGGAAGACAUCAUCAUUGAAUGGGAAGACAUCAUCAAUGAAUGGGAAGACAUCAUCAAUGAAUGGGAAGACAGCAUCAAUGAAUGGAAAGACAUCAUCAAUGAAUGGGAAGACAGCAUCAAUGAAUGGAAAGAUAUCAUCAAUAAAUGGGAAGACAUCAUCAAUGAAUGGGAAGACACCAUCAAUGAAUGGGAAGACAUCAUCAUUGAAUGGGAAGACAUCAUCAAUGAAUGGGAAGACAUCAUCAAUGAAUGGGAAGACAGCAUCAAUGAAUGGGAAGGCAUCAUCAAUGAAUGGGAAGACACCAUCAAUGAAUGGGAAGACAGCAUCAAUGAAUGGGAACACAUCAUCAUUGAAUGGGAAGACAUCAUCAAUGAAUGGGAAGACAGCACCAAUGAAUGA